AUGGUGGGGGUUGCGCUGGAAAUCAAUACGUCUCUGGUCUAUGUCUCUUUGGGCAUGAGCUACUGUGAAUGGGGCUCCAUCUACUUAGACUCCUAUGGUGAAGAAGAUCUCGAAUUAAAACGCGGAAAGCCCCUUUUCUUGAACGAGGAUCGAUUUGCGUUGUUGGAGAAUGUGCGAUUGUUUUACAUUUUUCUGUUUUGUAGCUAUGUCACAGUAAUCUAUAACAAAGUAACAAAACAAGUAGAAAUAUUUCACAACAAGCCUAUAUAUUUAGGCCCUGUAUUUGAGGAAGAAGAUAUCGAGCAAGAUAGUGAGCGGCAGCCUGCCACUCGAGCAGAUUUUACAAACGAAUUUGGUUCUGUUUGGAGUAAAAAGAGUCUUUGUGAGCGCGAAGAGGUUGAAGCGCGCACUCGAGCUGCUAAUGAUGCCGAUGUAUUACAGAAAGUUGCCUCUGGAGUUUCAAAAGUGAACAGUGAAACUCAAGAUAAAGGUAAUGAGGCGACACAAAAAGAACAGCUUUUGCCCAAAUUUGAUCAACAGACAAAAAUUGUGUCUCAAAUCUUUCCUCUUUCCAGUCUUAUUCCUCCUAGUAUUGCUUCUGCCUUGGCUCAGGAAGCUAAUGCUAUUUCAACCGCAGAUGAUAAAGCCCUACAGGAUCUAAUCAAGCGUAAUCGUUAUCCAUCCUUCCUAGCCGAUCGACUCCAAUACCUACCACUAGAUAAUUUGGAAUCUGUGUCAGUGUCUCAACCUGCAGCUAAACGACGACGCAAGGACGCAAGUGGUGGACUUGGCGAACGCAUGACGCGAAUCCAAAUGGCCACAAUUAUCGCCUACUUAAAUCAUAUGUUUAGGCUUUUCCAGUUGAGAAUGAAUGAACUGCAACAGAAAAUGCCGCUUCCUAAUGCUCCUGCACUGGUUGCCAAGGACUUAUUGAGCAAAUUCACUACCCUCACGGUGCAGGCGGGUAAAAGUAGAUCCAAAAACAGGCGAUUACCUUAUCUUCAUUUAAGGUUAAUUACACCUAUGCUCCGUGACAAGUUAAUCUACCAUAUCCUCAUUCUUAUACUUCACUGUGACAACUUUUCCACGGUUAUCGACAAACUGCCCAUUGAUUUCAAAAUGUCCUCUGUGACAUUGAAAAAAUACUUCACCUUCAUUGGAUGCACGUUUGCUGUUAAGGAAGUAAAACAAACAGAGGGUGAGGACCAAACGUCGGAAAAGAGGAAAGAAACUACCGCCCAUCUUCCUCUUCAAAAUGGUCUGAAGGACUGCUAUAAAGAAGUAAAAGUGAGCAUAACUAAUUGUCCGGAUCUUAAAGAGGCCCCAUUCAAGCUCAAUCUGUCAGGUCUCACUGGUCAGAAUGUUUUAUGUGAUGUUGGGAGUAUGAAAUAUCUGCUGCCAGUUCCUGACAAAUCUAAAAGGUACAGUUUCGAUAAAGUGGCUGAAUUAUCAAAAGUUGUUCAAGGACAAUUACUCGGUGCUGGUGCUGGUCCAUUUUUCACGCACAACAAGAGCUGUGAGAUGGCUGCAAAUGUUAAAUUCUCAGGUUCAAAAGUCAUCUCAAAUUCUACUCUUCAUGGGGUGUAUAACGAAACACCGGAGGUUAUUCGAGCAACAGAUAAUAACUUUGCCCUUCUAGCUCAUCUCCUUUCAACCGAAGGUCUGCCUGGAUCAGUAAUCGAGGUCGACGUGUCAGGGAGAUUGAAGGAGGGUUCUACUUACGUAUUUCUACGGGAGGCCCUCAAGGCAGCCUUCAGUAAAUUGCCUAACCCUGUGGCUUUAGGUGGCGUCUUUGUUCUAAAUGAUAGCAAAGCGCGCUUUCAUGUACUCUGUGGGUUACCUGACGACCCAGUGGAUACGCCGGAGAAGGUGGCAGCAUUUGUCAAGCACUUCGAGAUGGAGCCUCCUAUUUUGGGUGUUGGUACACUCGUGUCGCAUGAUCCGUACAACGUGGACUUGAAAUUGGAACACUUCCAUUGCUACAAUGAGGCUCAAACUUUGGCGGGUCAUUUCUAUUGGGACACAGAACCGGAGAACGCGCACUAUCACUUCUACUUAGUUGUGGCAAAGAACUUGUUGAGGAUUGAUCCAAAAGUUGAUCCUUGA